AUGGCUUCGUCUACCGCAACCGCGGAGGUGUCGGUUACUACCACAACCACUUCCUCGUCGCCUGAGGAUAACCACCCUCAUGAUGACUUGAUUACCACUUUCAAUGCCGUCAUCUGGGUCCUGGCCGGCCUUUCGGGGUUCUUCUUCUUCCUGAGGGUAUACUGUAAGAUUACGAGGCAGCGGGGGCUGUGGUGGGAUGACUAUGUCAUGGGUGCCUCCUGGAUCACCAUUCUCAUCUCCUGCAUUUUCGGUUCCAUCUCCACCACCAUGGGCUUUGGCAAACAUAGCUGGGAUAUCGACAUGACAAGUCCAGACUGGCCCAAAACCCUCUUCAUCAUGUACAUGACGGGCUUCUGGUCUAUCUGGGCCGCAGCCUGGAGCAAGACCGCUUUCGCUAUCACCCUUCUCCGAAUUGCGACCGCCGCAACAGCGAAAAUCAAGGGGCUCAUUUGGUUCAUCAUUGUCACUGUUAAUGUUGGCUUGACUCUUGCGGCCAUCUUCAUGUGGACACAGUGCAACCCGCCCAGAAAGGUCUGGGACACGCAAGUGGAGGGGACGUGUUGGGAUGCAAAGGUCAUCGUUGCCUACAACAGUUGGAUAUCAGUCUGGUCUGGUCUCGCCGAUAUCGUUCUUGCCAUCAUCCCUUGGUGGGUGAUUUCCCGCCAAUCCAUGAACUACAAGGAACAGAUUGGCCUUUUAAUCUGCAUGAGUUUGGGUGUAUUCGCCGGCCUCACAUCUAUUGUAAAAGUGAUUACCAUGCGAGCCAUUACCAGCGACGAUCUGAUCAAUACUCCCCCACUCAACAUCCUCGGAAUCGCCGAAGGAGCGGUGUGUAUUAUCGCCGCAUCAAUCCCUGUCUUGCGUGCCCUUCUGGGCAGUCCAAAUGCCUCAAAGGCCAGAUCUCAGGGCGGAUAUCUUCGCAGCACUAACAACAAGACCAACAUCUCACAAGGCUUGCGAGACUACGAAGUUCUAGACGUCGAAAGUGACAAGAUCAAGCUUACAACUGUUGUUCAGGUCACCAGUGAGAUAAAAGACUCGAGCGAGCACCCUAAGUCGAGGUCGGACUUGGGUUCACCAAGGGAUGAGGCGUGGCAGUAUUAA